GUCGCAGCAGCGCCGCCGCCGCGACCGCCCGUCCACCUCGUUCCCCGCCGCGGGUUUUCUCUGGUUCCUUUCCCCUCGUCGCUCCUGCCAGGCCACCCUUCCUGCGCCACUGCCCGCCUCGCUCCCCGCCAUGCCGCUCUACUCCGUUACUGUAAAAUGGGGAAAGGAGAAAUUUGAAGGUGUAGAAUUGAAUACUGAUGAACCUCCAAUGGUAUUCAAGGCUCAGCUCUUUGCAUUGACUGGAGUCCAACCAGCCAGACAGAAAGUCAUGGUGAAAGGAGGAACAUUGAAGGAUGAUGACUGGGGAAACAUCAAAAUAAAAAAUGGAAUGAAUCUGCUCAUGAUGGGCUCGGCCGACGCGCUUCCUGAGGAACCCGCAGCUAAAACCAUCUUUGUCGAAGACAUGACAGAAGAGCAGUUAGCGUCUGCUAUGGAAUUGCCAUGUGGAUUGACAAACCUGGGUAACACUUGUUACAUGAAUGCUACAGUUCAGUGUAUCCGUUCUGUGCCUGAACUCAAAGAUGCUCUUAAAAGGUAUGCAGGUGCCUUAAGAGCUUCAGGGGAAAUGGCUUCAGCACAGUAUAUUACUGCAGCCCUUAGAGAUUUGUUUGAUUCCAUGGAUAAAACUUCUUCUAGUAUUCCACCCAUUAUUCUUCUGCAGUUUUUGCACAUGGCUUUCCCACAGUUUGCAGAGAAAGGCGAACAAGGACAGUAUCUUCAACAGGAUGCUAAUGAAUGUUGGGUACAAAUGAUGCGAGUAUUGCAACAGAAACUGGAAGCCUUAGAAGAUGAUUCUGUUAAAGAGACAGAUUCAUCUGCAUCAGCAGUGACACCCUCUAAAAAGAAAAGUUUAAUCGAUCAGUUCUUUGGUGUUGAGUUUGAAACAACCAUGAAAUGUACAGAAUCUGACGAAGAAGAAGUUACUAAAGGAAAGGAAAAUCAGCUUCAACUUAGCUGCUUCAUUAAUCAAGAAGUCAAGUAUCUUUUUACAGGACUGAAAUUGCGACUACAGGAAGAAAUCACCAAGCAGUCUCCAACAUUGCAAAGAGAUGCUUUGUACACCAAAUCUUCCAAGAUUAGCCGUUUGCCUGCUUACUUGACAAUUCAGAUGGUUCGAUUUUUUUAUAAAGAGAAGGAAUCUGUGAAUGCCAAAGUUCUUAAGGAUGUUAAAUUUCCUCUUAUGUUGGAUGUGUAUGAACUAUGUACACCAGAACUGCAAGAGAAAAUGGUCUCUUUUCGAUCAAAGUUCAAGGAUCUGGAAGAUAAAAAAGUGAAUCAGCAACCAAAGAUAAGUGAUCAAAAAAGUAGUCCCCAGAAGGAGACUAAAUAUGAACCCUUUUCUUUUGUUGAUGAUAUUGGCUCCAAUAACUGUGGAUACUAUGACUUACAAGCAGUGCUAACUCACCAGGGAAGGUCUAGUUCUUCAGGUCAUUAUGUAUCUUGGGUGAAAAGGAAACAAGAUGAAUGGAUUAAGUUUGAUGAUGAUAAAGUCAGCAUCGUCACACCAGAAGAUAUCUUGCGGCUUUCUGGUGGUGGAGACUGGCAUAUAGCUUACGUUUUACUCUAUGGGCCUCGCAGAGUUGAAAUAAUGGAAGAGGAAAGUGAACAGUAGUAUUCAUUUUAGCUAUUUAUGCAUAGGUGUGAAAUAAAUGUUAUUCGUUGAUCAUUUCUACAAUCUAGAGCUUUAGAAGGUAAUUAGGUGGUUUUAUGUUUCCCUCGUGUGGAACUGGAGGGUCACAGAAGACUUGCAAACCACUGUCUAUCAAUGUAAAAAAUUACAGAACAAUUAUCUUUGGACUGUGCCACCCUGCAUAGGGGAGCAGGAAAACAUUUACAAAAGGCUUAUUUCAUACAUAAUUAGAAGGAAAAUUCUUAGGUGAAAUGCCUUUCAACCAUUACUUAAAUUUUUUUCCCUGCCUUUUGCAGCUCAAGAUGUUUGUUGCAUACCUGUAACUUUGUUGUUUUUGCAUGGUUCAGAUCACCACCCAUCCUUUGCCUUAUCUAACAAUAAUUUUGCCAGGAAGGUGGAAGGAAAAGUGUUGCUCUCAUUGUGUAACUCAGUGCUGCUCUCCACAUCCCAUGGAAGGAAAUAUGGGUACAAUCACGUAUUUGUCCAGCCCAACUGGCUCAGUCUGUUCUGUUGCUGGCUUUUCAUGACUUUGAAAUAAAUUGUGAUCAGUAAUAGUACAUCUGAUUAUACAUUUUAUUAUUGUGUCUCUCUCUGAUGUACUAUGAUUUGUACAUUCAACUUUGAAACGUUUUGUAGUAAUCAGCCUAAAAAAUGUUGACAAGCUCUGGUUACUUAUUUUUAGAAAGUGAGGCUCUUUCAUUAAAAAAGAGGAGGGUACAGCUAUUCACCUCAAGUCUCUUGUCUGUUGUGUGUGGGAGUAUGGCUAGUUUCAGGUAUGUUUCAUGCUGUCCAGUUCUUGCAGAUGUUAGUUUUAGGCUGCUAUUUAUCAUCCUCUGAGCCUGCUUGUAAUGUUACAUUUAUAAAGAAUUGUGAAAGUAAUGGAGUUCCUUGGACGCUGAAUGCAGUUGUUUUACUGUUAAUCCUCAUACUCAAAAUUUAAUCUCAGAUCAGUGAUUUUAAAGUGAUCAAAGGAAACACCAAGGAGUACCAUGUAUUUUAAUAUGGUUUUUCCCCAUCUAAAUACAUUCAACGUCAAUUGCUCAUCUUAUUUAAGGAACCUGGAUUGAUUGCUAGCGAGACAAUAGAGUAAUUGUCUGCAGUUUUCUUGGUGUUACGGUAAAAUUUUAGGAGUGAUCAUGAAAUUUAUCUUUGCCUAAGUUGUCCAGUACCCUGUAGCGUGUAACACUUAUUCCUAAAGAAUAAUGGCCAUUUUCUUCUGUAAUUUGAGCAAUGCAAUCAGAGAAAAAUAGGGGAUGAAAUCAGCAUUCCAGGACAUUAUUUGCGAAUGUGGCUUCUUCACGUAAACUUUUACUAUUGGCAAUUAAUGCUUAGUGGUGGGGGAGAAGGGCACAAAGAAGAGAGAGAGGGCAGGAUUAGACCAUGAAAAUUAUUAAUUAGUAUUUGUAUUAUACCUUUACCAUUUGCAAACGUUUUUGAAAAUUGACUUGCUCAUUUGGUUUGAGUAACUUGGAGGACAUAAAAUUGAGCAGUUAGAAUUCAGGUUUUCUCAUUUGUAGGAUGCUGUAGCUACUGCACCAUUUCAGGUAGGUUUAUUAUAAAGUGCAUAGCCCUUGAUUUUACUUUUUUGGUCCAAAAAACAUAAUUCCAAAGAUACUUUUAGAAGUUAGAACUCAACCAGUGGUUUUCAACUAGUAAGGCCUUGUAGGUAAGGCCUUUUAAGAAGGGAGAGCAGGCAAGAAAAGGUCUUGCUUGCUGAAUGUGCCUUAUAUACUGUGCCACUAACAAGGGAGCCAUUUUGGUAUUGCGGCUGCGCUGUCUGUGCUGACCCAGCUGGUGGAGCUCAGGUCACUGGGAGUAGCUUUCUCAGGACUCAGACGUAAAGAAAAAGCACCUAAUCUGGAGCCCUGGAGGGUAAGGCUUCUGUGGAAGAGAGGAGGGCACGCUCUUACGCCGUUCCUCCAUCACCAUGCAGUGCUCACCAUGCAGUGCUUUACUGUUUAUAAGAUGCCUGUACAUGGCCCGAACUUCAGUCUCUGAGGUAAGCAUCCCUAUCUUCAAAGACUUGAGAGCUUGGGUAAUUAUUGUAAGGCUGAAAAUCCUAGAUUUUAAAGUUGAGGGUUGACAAAACAUUUCUAUUAGGGAACAUCUGUUUUGCAGGCCAUAUAGUUGCUAUUUCAGUGUGAAAGCACCCAUAGACAGCAACAUUUUAUCCAAACAGGUGCUGGCCGAUCUCUGCUUUAAAGCAUCAAUGAUUGAGGGGAAAGAAAGUCGUGGUUUCAGAAAGCCUUACUCUGGGAUUUCAGAAUGGUGAACUAAAAUUUAUAAUUUAAUAGCACACAAAUUUGGCCCAGUAAAACUUAGGAAACAACAUAAACCCUACAUAGUGCUUUGAGAUAUUUACUAAGUAAAAGUAUGUUCUGUGACUUUGAGCCACUUAAUAAUCACGGCCAUUUUCCAACCCACCGCCCUCCAAACCCUGGGUCAGUGACCGGGAGCCAAUGUGUGCUGCUGUUCUUGGAGCACCAGCCAACUGUACAACAACUGUUAUCAAAAUGUUUAUUGUUUACCAAAACCAGUGGACCUCUUAUCAAAUGCUGCUUGGUAACAAAAUCUUAUCACAGUUUUAAUAAAAAACAAACAAAGAAAUAAGCUAA